ACACAUUGAAUGCAGUAUGAUAAGUUCUCGAAUGUCUGCUAAGUGUCUGCUUGGUGUCUGCUAUAAAUCGUGAAAUAAAUCAGAAUAAGCUGUAUUUUAGGAUAUUGUUCAUAAUUCAGGUGCUCCAGGUUGAGAACUUGCUCCAGCUUGUAAUCGCAAGUAUACUUUCAUCAACUAAAAGCACUUAAGAUGCAAAGUGAAACGGUGUUAGAUUCACGUCUAAUUUUACAGCAGCGCACUCAUUGAAUAAAACAUUGAAAAAGAAGUAAACUGAAGAGCCGGCUGUUUAGACGCCUAUUUCCACACUGCUAGGAAACCCGGCCUGCAUUUAUCCUGAACAGCAUCAUGGACAACGACAAGGAGAUGGCAACAGAGUCGAGGAUGUCGCUAGGCGCCGAUAAGAUGGGGUCAGUUCACACGACAUCGUCGACGGAGGCGGCAGAGAACCAUGCCGGUGGAGCGGGUAGCGACUCCGGAGGGGAGGAGGGUCAGCCGGAGCCGGACAGACAGCAGUCGGUGGGCGUCGUCGAGCUGAACUAUGACGACAUGGAAAUGGAGUUCGAGGAGGUGCUGCAGGAGCUGUCGGCCGACACGUCUCUGGAGAAGUUCCAGGCCGAGUACCGUAAGCUGCACAGUGCCCUGCAGCGGUCUCACCAGAACGAGCGCUCCCUGAUGGACAAAUACCGUGAGCUGCAGGCCGAGAUAGCUGCCCACUCGGCUGAGAUGGCCACGGCGCUCAAACUGGCGGCCGAGGACAAACAGGCCAUCGAGGCGCUCAAACGGGAGGUGGAGAAGGCGUGGAAGAUGGUGGACCUGGCGCACGACCGGGAACAGGAGGCCAAGGAUACGAUGGAGUCACUGCAGGCCGAGAUAGCGCACAUGCACCAGCUGGCCGGACAGACGGAGCAGAUCUCUUCAGAGCAGCAAGAGACGAUGGAUGAGUUGUCGGCCACCAAGGCGGACCUGACCCGGGAGCGGACCGAUCUGCUGGCCGAAGUGACCCGCCUGCGCUCUCAGCUGGACCGAGCCAUGGCCUGUCAGGAGGACACGGAAAAACGCCGGCUGGAAACGGAGGCGCGCCUGCAGAACCUCACCGAGGAGAUGCAGGUGCUUCGGAGUGACUUUCAGCGCGAGACGCGGAGAAAGGACCGCGCUGAGAGAGACCUGAAGGCCGCCAAAGCGGACAUCGAGGGCAAACAGGCCGAUGUCAAGAAAAUACAGGCUCAGAUGGACCAACUGAAUGAACAGAUGGACAAAACGAAUUUGGUAGUGAAGGAACAAAAGCUCAUGAACGAGAACGUGAUGAAGGAGGCGGAGCAGAUGGCCGAGCAGCAGCAGCGGCUACAGCAGGACUAUGAGGCGGCGCUGCUGUCCAUCGAUCAGCUGACGCAGUACAACCGGCAGACCGGGCAGGAACUUAAGGAGAAGGAGGAGGAGACGGCGCGCCUGAACCAGGAGACGCUGGACCUGACGCGGCUGCGCGACUCGCUGACGAGGAAGCUGCGCUCGGCAGAGCAGCAGCGCGAGGAGGCCGAACAGGAGCGCGAGGGCACCGUCAUGAAGGUGCGCCGGCUCGAGCGGGAGCUGGACGUCAUGAAGCGCGCCAUGGAGGCCGAGAAAAGGAUCAUGGACGGCCUCCGACACGAGAGGGAGCUCCUCAAGAAGAGCGUCCUCAAAACGCAGGCCGAGUAUAAGCUGCAAGAGAAUACGCUGAAGGUGCACGACCAGGCCAAGAAGCGUCUGGAGCAUGAGGGCGACCAGCUGCGACAGGCCAUCCUCAAGCAGCGCUUCAUCGUGGCGCAGAUGCAGAGGGAACGAGAAAAGUGCAUCAUGGACUCAGCUGGCUUGGCAGAGAAGAACAUCCGUAUCACUGGUCUGAUUAAGCUGAAGGAGCAGGAGAUCUUUGAGCUGAAGAAAAGGGUGGCCGAAUCAGAGAGUCGGCUGAAGCAGCAGCAAAGUCUGUACGAGGCUGUGCGGAGUGAUCGGAACCUCUACAGCAAGAACCUGAUAGAAUCGCAGAAUGAAGUUACUGAAAUGAACAGAAAAUUCAAAAUGGUCGUCCAUCAGAUUAAUCAAUUGAAAGAGGAGACUGCAGCAAGAGAGACUUUGCUCCUGAAGGACCAAACAGAGCUCCUCCGAGUUCGGAAGGACAAAGAGGCUCUACUCGUUGACCUGGAGGAGCAGCGGGUCACCGUGGCCAGUCUCAAAGCCAGGAUCACCGCCAUGGAGAUGGAACACCAGAAACUGGUCAAGGUACUGGCCGACGGCGAGGUCGAGAGGAACAAGCAGCGGAAGGACAUGAACCAGAUAAUGACGGAGCGGGACAUCCUGGGGACGCAGCUGGUGCGUCGGAACGACGAGCUGGCGCUGCUGUACGAGAAGAUUCGUAUUCAGCAGAGUACGCUCAGCAAGGGCGAGCAGCAGUACCGCGACCGCAUCAACGACAUCCGACUGCUCAAACUGGAAAUCAAAAAACUCAGACGCGAGAAGAGUCUGCUGAGUCGGAGCGUACACAAUCUGGAGGACAUGCGUCGGGAGAUGUACCACAUGCACAGAGCGCUGCUCAAGGAGCGCUCCAUGUGUAAGGCGCUGGAAGACGAGCUGCAGAACCCGCAGAACGUGCACCGCUGGCGGAAACUCGAGGGCACUGAUCCCGGAACAUACGAGAUGGUUCUAAAAAUCCAGACACUACAGAGGAGACUCAUCGCUAAAACACAGGACGCAACGAAGAAAGAACUAGAGAUCCAGGAGAAGCAGCGUCUCUACCUGGAACUGAAGCAGGUGCUGGCCCGACAGCCCGGUCCGGAGACGGCGGAGAAGUUGCUGCUCUGUCAGGACACGCUACGACAGAGGACACGGCAAAUGAAGAGCUUGGUGUCUGAGCUGAACAUGUACGAAUCACAAAUCCAAGAGUACAAACGGGACGUCGACCGACUGACGGGCCAGCUCGCCGAGUUCAAGAAACUUUUCAUCAACCAGAAGAAGCAGCAGAGGAGUCGUUUGCGGAGCGGAGUGCCGGUCGGCGCCGAGGCAUUGCGGCCUCCCACACGGUUCCCUGCCAUCGGCAGCCCCGCCACGACCGGUCGAAACCAGCCCCCACUAGGAGGAGGCUUCAAGCUACCUUCGCUCGCCGCCAACACGUAGGGGGCGCUUCACGUAGGUGGCGGCGCUGUCGCGUGGAGCCCUGCUAUUCUUUCUUCGUACGACAGCCUCUGUUGAUGGAUGUGAAAUGGUCAUCAGUGUAUCAUGAGCCAUGGCUGAAGCGAUUGGCGAAAAGUACGCUUUGUCACAUAGACGCAACUGAGCCUAGUAUGAAUGCCCGAUGUAAUAUUGUGAAAUGACUCCGAGAGUCAGUUUCACUAGUUGAAGGAUGAGGAGCAUCGGUCCAGAUGAGCCGAUGAGCGUUGGUGCUUUGUUAUUGUGUUUUCGAAGACAGAGGCGACGCAUUGAGUGUAUUGGUUGUUUGUGUGCUCGUGUAUCUUGUGCCUGCCUUCGACCUAUGUAAUGUAAUAUAUGAUUGGUCAUCA